AUGUGCUCCCGUUGGGCAGCACGUGUUACAUUAUCUGUUGAAGCCAUACUUUUGAGCCAGGGUUCAAAGUGGAAAUUCAACCUCCUAAACUUCCAUUACCAAUCCAUGUCUUUCCUAGAGAAGUCCUUCAAAUGGGAUCAGGCGCCGUUUCAGCUCUACACAAGGCUGGGAAACUCUGGUCUCAAGAUUUCACGAGUGAUACUCGGGUGCAUGUCUUUUGGCAAAAAGAGUUGGUCUGAUUAUGUCGUUGAGGAUGAGGAACAGGUUUUUGAAAUUAUGAAAAAAGCCUACGACAGCGGCAUUAGAACCUUUGACACCGCUGGAAACUACUCCAAUGGCUAUUCUGAGAUCUUGGUUGGCAAGUUCUUGAAGAAGUACAACAUCGACAGAAGAACUAUUGUGAUUUUCACCAAGUGUUAUUUCCCAGUUAGCGAGGAUCCUGGCGCCGAUCCUUCGAAUGGCUCGGAAGAGGGCGUUGACUUUAUCAACCGUGUCGGAUUGUCGAGAAAGGCAAUUUUUGAUGCCGUUGACAAGAGCGUUGAAAGACUCGGAACCUAUAUUGACCUGCUGCAAAUUCACAGGUACGACAGAACAACUCCAGCCGAGGAAACCAUGGAAGCUUUACACGAUGUCGUUAAAUCUGGCAAGGCUCUAUACAUCGGCGCCUCGUCCAUGAGGGCAUACCAGUUUAUCCGGCUCCAAAACAUUGCUGAGAGGCACGGCUGGACAAAAUUUGUCUCCAUGCAGAGCUACUACUCUCUUCUCUACAGAGACGAGGAGGACGAACUGAUUGCAUACUGCCAUGAAACAGGUGUCGGCCUCAUUCCUUGGUCUCCGCUGGCGGCAGGUGUUUUAGCUAGACCCGCUGUUAAGGCGCAUGAUACUACAGUCCGCUCCUCAAACUCUUCUUUCCUUUCCUACCUUGGUCUUGCUGAGCUGACCGAAAAUGAUAUAGAGGUUAUCAACAGGGUGGAAGCUCUUGCUGCCAAGCACAAAGUUUCCAUGGCUACCGUUGCGACAGCAUGGAUUUUGGCCAAAGGACAAUAUCCCAUUUUGGGAAUCAACAAGCCUGAGAGACUGGGCGAUGCAUUGGCUGCUAUCAGCCUGAAGCUGUCUGAGGAAGAGGUGCAUUAUCUAGAGGAGGCCUACGGCGUGAGAAAGCUGCCAGCCUUGUACCACUAA